UGGCCGGUCGGCGGUGGCAGCGGUCGCCCUGGUCCGUGCGCUGUUGACGGGUGCGUGACGAGCGGUGUUGAGAUGUGGACCUGGCGGUGUGUCGUGCUGGCGGUCUGCCUCGCCGCCAGCCAGGCCAAGAGCGUGAACGAGCUGAUGGCGGAGCGUCCAGAGCUGUCCGAGUUCCUGAACCUGCUGAAGUCGGACCAGCUGACGUCUGACAUCAUGCGACUGCAGGAGGGCACCGUGUUCGCGCCCACCAACGAGGCCAUGGCCAAGUACCAGGGCGUGCGGAACUACCAGCUCCUCAAGUAUCACAUGGUGAACGUGGCGCAGCCGUCCUCCCAGCUGGUGACCGAGCGCUCGGUGCUGACCCGCCUGAAGGGCAGCCAGGCCGUGUUCGUCACCGUGCAGCCGCGUCGCGGAGACGAGCCUGACAUAUUUGUCAACAACGCCCGGCUGGUGACCCGUGACCUGAAGGCCACGUCCGAGCAGGACGGGUCAGAUCAGAUUUUGCACAUCAUUGACGAAGUACUAGAGCCAACUAUUCCGAAUUCUCGUGACUCAAAGCUGUUUAAUCCCAACGCCCUGGAACUGCUGUCAAACUCUGCCAAAUACCGGCUGGGGGACGCCUCCAUCAAGAAGUUCUAUGAGAAGGUGCAGCAGCUGGAGAAGAUAGGCGUGUUCGACACCCAGGGCUUUCACACCUACUUCAUUCCCGUGGACGAGGGACUGGACGCGGUGCUCGACCAGAUAGACCGAUCCGUCCUCGAUGGCCACGUCAUACCGGACAAGGUGCUCUUCACACGCACCAUGGGCAACGACAGCUACAAAACGACAGCUUUCGGCGACAUGCUCAAGGUCACCGUACAGCUGCGGCGGCUGGCCUACCCCAGCAGGAGCGAUGACUCCUUCUUUUUGAAAGCACAGAAGCACGUGCCGGAAGAGAGCCGUCCAUUUCAGCUGUUCGAGGUGGAGAGCAAAACGCUGGUGGGCGAUUCGGUGCACCAGGCCGGCACCGUCCUCGUCAAGGUCAUCAAGCCCAACAUCGCCGUCAAGAACGGGGUCGUCCACAUCAUCCAGCGGCCCCUGAUGGUCAUGGACUCCACCACCUUCCAGUUCAUUCAGGAUGGCUCCAAGGACAGGUUUUUCGAGUUUUUCGACCUGCUGCAGAACCACGCGACCGACUUCCUGCAGACCAUGCGGGAGGCGGACGGCGCCACCUUCUUCAUCCCCUCCAACGAGGCCUUUUACACUGUCGACAAGAAGCGGCUGACUGAGGUAAAGCUGUCGCCACAGAAGCUGCGAAAGCUUCUGAGCUUGCAUUUAGUGCGACAGAGGGUGACCACAGAAAACAUCCGCAAGGCGCCUCGCUCUCAGCUGUACACCGUGCAGUCUGCCGACACGAGCCGGUCGCUCUACAUCUCCCUGUCGGGCGUGGAGGGCAGCAACCUGACGAUGACGGUGGAGGGCGGCGGCACCAACGCCUCCGUCACCAUCGCCGACAUCGUGGUGCGCGACGGUGUCGUCCACGUCAUCGAUAAGCUGCUGGGCGUGCCGUACCGCUCUCUGGGCGACAAACUGGCUGUCGACUCCAUGAUGAGCUCGACGAGCGCGCUGGCGGCUCAGGACCGGUUCGGUGACAAUGUUCGCCGCAUGGACCGCAAGUUCACCAUGUUCGUACCGUCCAACCUGGCCUGGGAGAAGCUCAAGCGCCAGCUGCCCACCUCCCACAAGUCACUGUUCAGCGGCAAGGCGUCCUACCAGGCCACCAACAUCCUGGAGCGUCAUCUGGUGAUUGGCCAUGCUUACAACAUGGAGGAGCUGGUACGUCUGUCGCUGCAGGAGGGCGGCGUCAAGACCUUCAAGACCCUCUUCCACGUGGAGAACGUGCCUGGCACGUCAGCGCUCGGUGCUCCAAUGAAUGAAUAUGUCAUCAAGUGGGAGGGCAUGCAGGCGCGCGUCACGCGCACCAACGUCGAGUGCACCAACGGGUACAUCCACGUCAUCGACGGAGUCAUGAUGCGGGCGCGUGACGUCACCACCAGCGGAGCGCCGGCGGUGUUUAGUUCGGCGAUCUGGCUCGUGGCGGCGCUGCUGUCGCUCCGGCUGUAAGCUGGCAGCGACCCCGCCCCGGCCCAGCAACUCCACCGCAUCUCAACUGUCUCAGCGAACGGUGGCGCGUGGAGCUGCGGCCUGUGCGCGUGCACUGAGACCGGGUGCGCUCGCAUGGCCUACUUCUCCGCCGAGCAGCGGCGUACAUGGCGCUGCGGUAGCCGUCGCGGCGCCGCCGCCGCGCCGCAAGAGCGUCCGGCCUUUCCAAAGAGACUCGCAGCCUUGGCCUCUCCGAAGAAGCUCGUAGCUGCACGUGAUAGAUGUUUGUGCGGCCAGGGGCAUGGGCUGUACGCGUGGAAUUGGCAUUACGCUGCUAUACAGCGCUGGUUGAGGGGUGCGACGCGAGCAACGAAACGCACCUCUACACCGGGUAAAGCUCUGGUGACCUCGCCAUUUCACUCGGACUCUAUUGAACAGAUAAAGCGGCGCUUAUUCUAGGUGAUUUGCACUUGCCGUGAAACAGAUCAAGACAGAAACGACCUCAUCGAUAAACCGCGAAUGUGUGACAGCAUGACACUGAAUCUCCCGCGAUUAGGGCCCCAUGCAACGCAGAGCCUUGGCAUAACCGGAGCCUAUCGCUGUUUGGUUAUGUAAGUAAACAUCUUGACAUUCCCCCUAUUCCUUGGGCCAUGAAGUUUAUGUUGUAGCUGUUCGUUCGUUCCUGGACUUCUGUCUUUUGUUACUUUUAACGCCUGCCGCCCCGAGAAGUUCAGCUUAUUUCGUAACAUAUCUUGGCCAAAUAUAGCUUAUCAGGGUUACUGACAGAUUUAGAAAAGGGUUCACCUUAGGAUAUGGAGUUGAAAGACAUCGCAUCUUGGAACAGACUGUUCCACUGAAAGGUGAUUUUCGGGACGAAAUUCAGAGCUGUUUUAGCUUGACGACUUGUGCUUUGGGAGAGUUAUUCACACGGCAUAUGCGAGAUGCUCCUGAUUUUGGGGCGGCAGAUAAUUGUGUUACUAAUGUUCUACAGUCGGCAAAUGACAAGCAAACAUUGCGGCCACUAGAGUUCUAAGCAAAAAAGUUCAAAGGUGUGCGAGUCCAAAUGCAUGCUCCUGAUAGAAUGCAGAGCCCUCCUGCGCUUGUACGGUCAAUGCUUCGACGGACCAGGCGGGGCUGGCGUGCAGCAGACGACUGUACUGCCUCUUAGCGCCCGAAGUCGUGCGCCGCACGGGGCGGCGCGUACCUGCGCUCCUCGGUCGUAUCCGAGGCCGACGGCGGCAGGUGACCUCGGCUUCCCGAGGUCCGAUCGGCUCGUGAGGGGGAGAGGAGACGGGCUCGUUGGAGCGACCUCCGCCGAGAGGGCGCUCUCGUCGCCGCCUGACCAGGGCCCAGUCAGUAGAGUCAGUCCGUGCCUGUCUGGCGGGCCUCGUGGCGCGCAUGCGUGUGUGUUUGUGCAGCGUGCACUCUUCUGUGGCUAGCAGCUUACACGUGUCUUGGAGGCUGGAGCGAAGGGCCGAAAAGGUGUUUCGGCAUUUGGGCCUCAGUGGAUGAGUCCAGCGUGCGUGGUUGUCCUCGCCAAUUACGCUAAGCUGGCGCAUCGCUAGCUUAGCACGAGUGCACUGGAGCGCGGCGAGCGCGCUGAGGCCGUGUGUGCGCGCGCCAGACGUAUCACGUGUUCAUUUAUUGCAUGUUGUAGGCCGGUGUGAGCAAAAUGGAUGUGGACGUGGCUUAGCUUUGGCGUGUGGAUCUGUAGCGUUAGCCUUUGCUGGGCCUUGCCUGUCCCGAGUUUGGAGUGUGGGGAUCCGUCCUGCUCUCUGGUGACGGGCAGGCAUAUACUACGCCGUACCUACAUUGUAGAUGCCUAGAAGUUUAGCAACUCUGAAGGCCACGGCCUAUAUUUGCCAGAUGUUUGCGCGCUAUGGAGGGAACAUCUACUGUUCGUAUAAUCUCAAAAUGAAAUGCGCUAUGUGGUAAUGUUGAUAUGCGUUAUCUGAAGAACGCUGGCAUCUACCCUCUCCGUCGUCCCCUCGCGUUAAAACGCGUCUGUUCGUGCCUAUCUGUGUUCCAUUCUCCCGCUAUAGACAUGUGCCUGGGGGAGUCUCACGUGGUUUAACACUCCGCUUCAUGCAUGUCAGCCUCCCGCCGCGUACCGAAGACAGUGAGCAGCAGCUCAUGGGCCGGCUCCACCCAGCGGAACGCUGUCCUCGUGUGUCCGUUUAGUCUGUACCGUUCCACGUUCCGUUCCUCUGCAACCUGUCGCUGGCCGGCGUUGCGCCCGCCGCUGGGUUCGG